AUGAGUUCCGAAAUUUAAAAAAGAUGCGUUUGUGGGCAUGUUAGAAAUUAAAAUGAAUGUAAAAACUCUGGUUUUUGCAUUUGGUAGAAUGAUUAGUGUAUAUUGAAUUCUAGCCAAUCAUAUAAUAUAGAAAGAAAUAAUUUCAACUCAUGCAAGAAUUAUUCAUAAGAAGAUUGUAGAGAAUUAGAGAAAUGUAGCUUUAAUUUAGGUCAAUGCAUUGAGUUUACAGAUUGUAGUAUAUUAGAUAAAAAUAAAUGUUAAGAAUCAUCUUAUCAAUGUGUAUCUGAUGAAUCAAAGUGUGUAAAAAUUCUAGAAUGUAGUGAUUAUAAAACAGAGAAUGGUUGCGCAAAUAAAAAUAAGAAUGGAAAAUAUUGUUAUUGGAUUUCUGGAUUAGAGAAAUAAUGUACAAAUGUCAAAAAAUGUGAAGAAUUACCAAUAUAUUUAAAUAAUCACAGUAUGUGUAAAGAGGGUCUUGAGGAAUGCACAAUUAGUGAAAAAGGUUAUGGAUGUAUCAAAUAAAUGGAAUUAUGUUCAUAAUAUGUUAAUAAUUUUUAAUGUUUUGAAAGUUAAUAAAAAAGAGAUAAUUGUUUUUGGGAUGCGAGAAAUGAUAAAUGUGUUGAAAAGAUAUGUGAAAAUCUACCAUUUACUCUGGAUGCAGAAUGUAAAUCUUAUUUAAGUGAUUGUACAACAAAUGGAAUACAUUGUGUGAAGAGAAAGUAAUGUAGUGAUGCUUAGAAUAAAUUUGGUUGUGUAACAGAUGCUGAGGGCAAUAAAUGUGAAUAUCAUAAAAAUGAAUGUAAAAUAAAGAGUUGCAACACUGCUCCAGAUUCACUUACAAAUUAUUACUAAUGCUAGGAUUAUGACAAUCUAUUAGAUUGUGUUACUUCAGAAAAUAAGGGUUGUAAAAAUAGACCUGAAACAUGCUAUGGAUAUAUUAAUCAAACUGAUUGCUAUUCAAUAAAAUAACAAGAUUGUGUUUGGUAUUAAAAUAGAUGUGAAUAAAGAUUAUGCCACCAUGCUCCAAGUUAUUAUAGUCAAAAAGAUUGUCAGUAAUAUGGGAAUUGUAUAGGAAUUUUAAAUGGAGGAUGUUAAAUGGCACCUUAAUUAUGCUAAGAGAUAUUGGAAGAGUAGUUUUGUGAAGUAAAUUAUUAUAAACAAAUAUGUAUUUGGCUUGAAGAUUAAUGUGUGUUAUUAGAAUGUAACUCAUUGAAAUUACCUUAUUACAAUAAUCAUUAAAAAUGCUAAGAGGCCAGUAAAUAUUGCACUUUUAGUUUAUUUUCUUUAGGUUGUACAGAUUAUAUAUGUGAUAAUAUAUAAGAAUUAGAAUAUUGCUCGAUUGAUUCUAGUGGUAGUAUUUGCACAAAGAUUGGAAGAUGUAUAGAAAAGAAAUGUAGAAAGGCUCCUACAUCUUAUGAUUCUAAUUAGAAAUGUGAAGAGUGGAUGCCCUAAUGCACAGUUAAUAUAUAGUUUAUAUAAAAUUCAAAAAUAUAGACUGGAUGUAUAGAUAAAAUGAUUUAUUGUGAGCUCUCUAUUCAAGAUCAAUGUCAUACAACAAUUUCAGGAUAUAAGUGUAAAUGGGAUGGAGUAAAUAAAAAAUGUAUUGAUUAAGUUUGUACAGAUGCAGAUCCUAAUUUAUAUUUAUCAAAUGAUAAUUGCAAAUCCUUUUUAGUGUUUUCUGGUCCUUGUAUUAUUGGAUCUUCUGGAGUUGGAUGCUCAAAAUGGCCAACUAAUUGUAAUCAAAUGAUUAGUUUAUAACAAUGUUUAUUGAAUCUAUAAGAUGGAACAAAGUGUUUUUGGACAGGUACUAAUUGUAAAUAAUUAUAAUGUUCAGAUGCUCCUAAAAUAAAUUACAAUAAUAAUGUUGAAUGCAAUACUUGGAUAAAUAAUUGUAUUUAUAAUCAUUCUCAAGGUGGAUGCUAAGAUAGACCUAAUUCAAUUGCUUGCACAUCUUCUCCAAAUAAUAAUAUCUAUAGUACUCAUGAAGAAUGUUAUGCAUGGAAUCCUAAAUGUACUGUGAUAUUCUCCUUUAUUGCUGAAGGAUGUGAACCAAAGAAGUCUAAUUGUAAUUAAUAUAUCAGAAAAAGGAAUUGUAAAACAACUAUUAAUCGAUAAUUAUGUUAUUGGGAUGAUUAAGAAUAAAAGUGUAUGAAUGAAGAUGAUGAUAAUGAUGGAGUAAUUGAUUGUCAUAAAAGGCUUUUUGGAGAAAUAACUCACCAAGAUUGUGAAGAAUUUAUGCCUAAAUGCACGAUAAAUCACUCUUUUAAAUCAUGUACAUCGCUUUCAUAAAAAUGCGAUUAUAAACAUAAAUAAUAAUGUGUAAUUACUUAUCAUUAGUUUCCCUGCAAAUGGGAUGAUUUAAAUUAAAUAUGUUAAGAUAUAUUUUGUAGUGAAAAUACUACUGCUUUAACUGAAGCUGAAUGUUUAUUGUUCAGAAGAAAUAGCGAAUGCCAAUUAAAAAUUAACUCUGAUGGGACAUUUGGACCUGGUUGUGAGAAUAGACCUGCCUCUUGUGAGGAGAUUACAGAUUCCGUCAUAUGUAAAUAAACUCUAACGAAGAAUAAUUAGGUGUGCUAUUAUUUUUAAAAUAAAUGUUAGGAGGUACAUUAAAAUCUUUGCGAAUUUAUUACUGAAAGUAUGAGCAAUGAGCUUUGCCUAAUGUAUAAUACUAAUUGUGUUUUAUAACCAAGUGGAUAAGGGUGUUAUUCUAUGUAUGAAUGUGGGUAUUUGUCACAAGAUCUUUGUGAAAAGGUAAUAUUAAGAUUGAAUAGAGCUUGCACAUUUUAUAAUAAUAAUUGUUAUUAAAAUUAUUAUUGCAGACACUAAGCAAAUUUUUGUUCUAUCUAAAAAACAUUGAAUGGGUAAUUAUGUAAUUACAUCUCUUAGUGCAACCCAAUAACUUCAUAAAAAAAUAUUUAAUUUUCAUCUUCUGACAGAUAUUAAGAAUGUUAAUAGUAUUCAUCAUCAUAUACUUACAAUACAAAUUGUGAUUGCUGUGUAUCAUUGAGUUCUUGUAGCUAAUAGAUGGGUUCAGAAUCCAUCUGCAAUUCAUCAAUAACUCAAAAUGAAAUUAAAUGUGGAUAUAAUAAAUAGACUUUUCUUUGUGAGGAUAGAAAAUGUGAACAUUUAACUUCCCCUGAAACAAGUUAAGCUUGCUUUGAUUGGGAUUAUGAUUGUAUAUAUGAUGUUAAUGAUGUUACUGGCUGUAAGAAAUUCACCGCAGAUGAUUGUCCAAAAAUUAGUAUUAUAUAACAAUGUUUUUCAAAUACAUGCUUUUGGUAGGAUGGUAAAUGCGUAAAACAUGUUAAUUGUGAGCUUAACACAACAGCAGUGACAAAUAGGGAAUGCUUAUUAAUCAAUAGUACAAUAUGUAGAUUAAAUUACACUAAAGGUGAAGGAUGUGCCUUUAAGUCUUGUUAAGAUAUCAAAGAUUCUACAACCUGUAUUUAAGCUUAACUUACUUAUGGGGCAAGAUGUAAAUGGUCGUUUACGGGUAAUUCGUGCUACGAAAAACAAUGUUAAGAUUAUCAAAUAUAAUCUGAUUGUGAAAGUAAUUCUUUUUAUUAUGGUCGAUGUUAUUGGUGUCAGCUUUACGAUGUUAAAUGUAGUAUAAAUAGUUACUGUAAUUUAAAUAGUAUGAUACCCGAAUCUCAUUAAGAUUGUAACAGUGUUUAUUUAUUCUAUACAAUCUAAUUUAACACAAAGUGUAGAGUUAAAUUAUAAUUAUGUUCAGAUUACACAUAUUAAGAAGCUUGUGUAAGAACAAUAGAUGGUAUAGAGUGUUAAUGGUAUUCUAAUGCUUGUAUAAAUCAGUGUACAGCUGCAGUUAAUAUAAUAUCUACCUUUUCGCACUUAGAAUGUCAUAGUUGGAGUUCUUCUUGUAUGUUAUUAAAUACUUCUGAAUGCCAACUUUUAAAUUGUGAGCAAUUAACAACAAUUGAAGAUUGUUCUAUUUUUACUGAAAAAUGUUUUUGGGAUGGUUCAAGCUGUUAAAUUAUUGGUGAUUGUAGCAAUUACUCUAGUGCUUUGUGCUUAAAUAUAAGCAAUUUAUAAAAAAUCCCUUGCUUUUGGAAUGGUACUUAAUGUUUAGAAAAAACAUGCUCCAAUAAACCAACUCCUUCACUAAAUUAAACAGAAUGUGAUAGUUGGUUACUUAACUGUUAAUGGAAUAGCAAUAAUAAUCGAUGUGUUGAAGAUUGCACCUAAGCGAAUAUUUCGAAUAACACUCAUGAAUAAUGUGAAUCUUAUUAUUUAAACAAAAAUUGCACUGUCAAAUUAGAUUUAAAUUAUUGCGUGGAUCUUCCAUUUUCGUGUCCUUUAGCAAAGAAAAGUUAAUGUUAUAAAGAUCAAUCAGGAAAUGAAUGCUUUUUUUAGGACUUGUCAGGUGAAUGUGUUAAUUUAUCAUGUGUAAACUUGGUAACACCAUUUGAUACACAUGAGAAAUGUAAUACAAGAUUAAAAUCUUGUACAGUAAAUAUAACUUUGAAUGGAUGUCAAUAAUUAAAGAAUUGCAGUAAUUACUUAAUCAAAGAGUAAUGCUAAAUUGAUUCAAAUAAUUAAGAAUGUGAAUGGAUUAUAAAUUAAAAUAUAUGUACAAUUAAAGAUUGUUCAACUGCACAAUUAACUACAUAUUCAGCAUAUGGUUGUCAAUAGUAUUUUGGUGAUUCAUGUACUGUAAAUAAAAAUUUAGAUGGAUGUGAGAUUAGACAAGAAUUAUGUAAGAAAUACUUUUAUAAAUAAUGUAUCAGUGAAGGGCAAGCAAAUUUAAGUGGAGUGAAGUGUUUCUGGAAUGAGAAUAAGAAUAUUUGUUUAGAGAGGAUUUGUGAGAAUAAAAUUUCACCUUCCCAAUCUCAUUCUGAUUGUAUAGAAUUCCUUUCUACUUGUUAGAAUGGUGGUUGUCAUAUAAAAGAGUGUUUUGAUUAUAAUUAUGCUAUAGACACAGCUUGUGCUUCAAUAUUUGAAGAUAAGAGAUGUGUAACUAAUGGAUAUUAAUGUAUUUAACGAAAAGAUUGUGAAGAUGUUAAUAUUAUUGAUGGUUGUACAUUUGAUAUUAAUUAAAAUCCUUGUGUUUGGAUUGAUGGCAAAUGUUAUACCAAAAGUUGUGAAACUGCACCAGUGUCUCUAAUCAAAUAUUCGGAAUGUAAUGCCUAUCUUUAAUUUUGCACAGUUAAAUCAUCAUAAAGGGGAUGCAUUAAAAAAUAAAGUUGUUAGAAUUACAUAAUCAAGGAAGCUUGUAUUUUUGAUAGUGAAAAUAUAGAAUGCAUUUGGGAUGAUAAUCUCAAUCAAUGUUUUUCAAAUUAAUGCAUAGAUUAAUGCGGUGAUGGUAUUGUUUCAAGUAAAGAAGAAGUAUGUGAUGAUGGUAAUUAUUUACCAUAUGAUGGUUGUUAUAAAUGCCAACUUUAAUGUCCAUAAGGAUGCAAUAUUUGUAAUGGUAAAAUCUGUUAAGAAUGUUAAAACAAUGGAUGGGUAUUGAUAAAUGGUGUUUGUAAUUCAUAAUGUGGGGAUGGUUAUGUAGUAGGAAGUGAAUAGUGCGAUGAUGGGAAUUCGAUUGAAUUUGAUGGGUGUUAUUAGUGUUCUUAUUCUUGUCAUUAAAAAUGUCUUGAUUGUUACUAAGGAAUAUGUUUACAAUGUGAUAUUGGAUACAAAGAAAAUGGAUCAUAUUGUAAUAAUAUUUGUGGAGAUGGAUAACUUGUUUAACAAUUAGAAUAAUGUGACGAUGGAAAUCUUUAGAAUAAUGAUGGAUGCAGUAAUAUUUGUGAAGUUGAAAAGAAUUGGAAAUGUUAAUAAGUAAAUAAUAUUACUUAAUGUAAUUAUAUUAUUCUGCCUAUGAUUAUACUUACUAAACUCACAAAAACAAAUUCAGAUAUUCAAGAGUUCGAAUUAUCAUUUUCAGAACAAGUACGUUUAAAUAUAACUGGGAUCACUGAAGAACAGUUUCUUUAAAUGAUUGUUGUUGUUAUUGAAAAUGCCUAAAAUAAUUAAUAUGAUUUUGAAAUCAAACCUAUGAUCUCUAUUACUUCUUAACUAGCUUCAGUAGCUUAUAAAAUAAUUAUUAAUUUUAAAAGUUAUAUUCCAAAUCCUUUGCUAAAAGUAACUAUCAGAUCUGAAAACAUUGUAAAUAUAUAAGAUAAUACUUUACUUUCUAAUGAAAUAAAGUUAGGAUUAAAAUCUAUUAGCAAAAUGUCAAAUGAUUAACAAUAACUUAUCUUUAAAACAGCCUUGUUUAGUAAAAUUGUAAUGUAUAUCAUCUUGAGUGUCAGUUGUAUUGCUUUUUUGUUUGGUAAUUUAGAAAUUUUAUGGAAUCUCCUUGAUAUGUUGUAAUAACUAUCAUAUAUGAAAUUUCACAAUAUUGAAUUCCCAAUUCACUUAUCUAGCUAUUUUGAAGUAUUUACUAUUGGUUCUGUUACUUCCUUUGUACAUUUAUUCUAAACAGAUUAAAUCUUAUUGAAUUUAUUUAAUUUCCAAACUCCAAUCAUACCAGCAAAAUAGAAAUUUGAAUAAUAUUAAAUUAAUUCUUGCUUUUUAGAUAGUCUUUAAACACUAGUCACUGUAACAAUUAUCGGAUUUUUUUAUUUUGCAGUUUCAUAUUUCUUUUAUAAAAUCCUAGUUCUUAUUAAAUAUUAAAAUUGGCCAAGUAUUUUUAAUAAAAAAUAAUCCAUAAUUUUUUUUAAAGUUGUCAAAUUUAUUUUCUCCUUUUAGAAGUUGGCAAGAAAAUAAUAUUAGUAUUUUAUUUACUCUGGAUUAAUUAGAAUUUUUACAUCUAAUUUUUAUGAAAUAACCUUUGCAUCUGUUUUAUAAGUUUCCAACUAUAAUACUGAUACUACUAUAAAUUCAGUCAUAUCAUUAAUGGCAUUAAUUACUUUGAAAUUAAAUCUAUUCUCAAUUUUGAUUUUUUUUUCUUAUCUUAGUAAAAAAGUUAAAGUGGACAAAAAACUCUCAGUUUUAGUGGAAGGAAUUAAUAAUGAAUUCCAAUAAGGAUCUAAAUAAUAUUUUUCUAUAUUGUUGAUUAAAAAAACUUUAUUCAUUACUAAUUUAAUCGUAUUUUAAAAGCUUUUUGUUGCAUAGAGUAUUAUUACAGGUAGCUUAUCAGGAGUAUUUUCAUGUUAUAUUUAUAUUUAUAAACCUUUUCAAAACAAAUAUGAAAAUAUGAAAAUAUUCAUCACAGAAAUUAUGGUGAUGAUUAAUCUUAUACUCUUUUCUGUUUACGAUAUAAUAAAAUCUAAUUAAAACUAAACUGAAAUUUUAGGUUGGAUUAAUAUAGGUUUUUUUACAUUACUUCUUAUUUCCAGCUUGGCCAUAGAUGUCUACUAACAAUUACAAAAAAUUUUUUAGUAGGUUAAAUUGUGGAUUGGAAACUAUAAGAAAAAAAUUAUGGAAAAAAAAAAAAGUGAUAUAUUUUUGGAAAAUUGA